AUGGAAAUCGAGACGCUACGACCCAAAAAAAGACAUGUAAUAUGCAUGGCUUCCGAUUUCUUCUUUCCAAACACAGGUGGGGUCGAAGAACACAUUUAUAAUUUAUCGCAGUGUCUGAUAAAGCGGGGUCACAAAGUAGUCAUAAUAACACACUGUUAUGGGAAACGAGUUGGUGUCAGAUAUCUCACUAGAGGGCUAAAAGUUUAUUAUUUACCAAUUACUGUAUUUUAUUCCCAAUGUGCUCUACCAACCAUGAUUUGCAACAUAGCUAUUGUCCGUUAUAUUUUAAUAAGAGAAGCAGUUGAAAUAGUUCAUGGACAUUCGGCUUUCAGUGUUUUAGCACAUGAGGUCUCUAUUAUUGGUAAACUGAUGGGCUUGAAAACUGUUUUUACUGACCACAGUUUAUUUGGUUUUGCCGAUAUGUCUGCCGUUUUGACAAAUAAAUAUCUACAAAUGUGUUUGUGUGAAUGCGAUCAUUGCAUAUGUGUUUCACAUACUGGUAAAGAGAAUACAGUAUUAAGGGCAAAAGUAAAGGCUUUUAAGGUGUCUGUAAUACCGAAUGCUGUUGAUGCAUAUACAUUUACACCUGAUCCAAGUCAAAGAGACCCUAAUGUUGUGACAAUUGUGAUUAUAUCAAGAUUAGUAUAUAGAAAAGGUGUUGAUUUGAUGGCAUCUGUGAUAGCAGAAAUAUGUCCAAGAUAUCCCAACAUAAGAUUUAUUAUCGGAGGGGAUGGUCCCAAAAUGUGGUUAUUACAAGAAGUGAGGGAACAAAAAGGACUCCAACAUUGCGUUACACUGCUUGGUAGUUUAAAACAUUCUGAAGUUAGAAAUGUACUAGUCAAGGGUGAUAUAUUUUUAAAUACUUCUUUGACUGAGGCAUAUUGUAUGGCUAUUGUUGAAGCUGCCUCAUGUGGUCUAAAGGUAGUGUCAACUAAAGUAGGAGGUAUACCGGAAGUAUUGCCACUGAGCAUGAUCUAUCUAACUGAACCCAAUGUUCCAAGUAUAAUCAGCGGAUUAGAAUCUGCAAUGAAAGACUUAAAGGAAGGAAACUCCCUAUGUCCAUACAAAUGUAAUAAAAUGGUCAGAAGCAUGUAUAAUUGGAUGGAUAUAACGAAAAGAACUGAAAUUGUAUAUAACAGGAUAUUGUCUAACAAAAAUAAACCAUUGGGGAUGCAAUUAAAGAAUUAUCUUAGUUGUGGCGUUUGGCCUUUUCUCCUAGUGAUAAGCUUAAUGUAUUUAUUACUGCAACUCGCUGACAGAAUUUAUAAAAGGAAAAAUAUUGACAUAGCAAAAGACUUAAAAUUAUAA